AAUUUCUUAACAUCUCAUGCAAACCUCAUGGUUUAUCUUCAUGCCGAGGAAGUAGAAUUCUUUUUUUUUUUUUUUUGGUUGAAAUGUGGAAUUCCCUUUUUUAAGAAAAGGAGGAUUUUCCAGUAAUUUUGCUACAGUUACCCAUUGAAGGCGAGGCGUAGGCAAUCGCAAUUGGCCCAAAUAGAAAAACCGAGCACAAUAAAACUUCCCGCGCUGUUUUCCAAUGUCGUUUCCUGCCGUCGAUGACACCCCCAAAAUUCUGUUCCAACUUCAACAGUUCACCGGAAACUUCACAAGAAUUUAUUCGUUCUUCACUACUGAAAGCUCUUUCUUCAGCCAAAAACACCUCACAGCUACGCACGGUUCAUUCCUUGAUCAUCACUUCAGGAUUGGCCCUCUCCGUCAUCUUUUCCGGCAAACUCAUAAGCAAAUACGCCCAGCUUAAAGACCCAAUUUCUUCUGUUUCAGUUUUUCGCACUGUUUCUCCAACUCACAAUGUCUAUCAAUGGAAUUCAAUUAUACGUGCUCUCACUCACAAUGGUCUCUUCACACAAGCACUUGGAUAUUACACAAAGAUGCGUGAAAAAAAGCUCCAACCCGAUGCUUUUACCUUUCCUUCUGUUAUCAAUUCAUGUGGCCGGCUUUUGGACUUGAAAACGGGUCGCAUAGUUCAUGAACAUAUUGUGGAAAUGGGGUUUGAAUCGGAUUUAUAUAUUGGCAACGCAUUGAUCGAUAUGUAUUCAAGAUCUGUGGAUCUUGAUAAUGCACGUAAUGUGUUUGAGGAAAUGUCUGACCGAGACAGAGUAUCAUGGAAUAGUUUAAUUUCUGGGUAUUGUUGUAAUGGGUUUUGGGAGGAGGCUCUGGACAUGUAUCAUAAGUCCAGAAUGACCGGGAUGGUACCUGAUUGUUUCACCAUGUCCAGCGUUUUACUCUCUUGUGGAAGCUUAAUGGCUAUUAAAGAAGGUGUGACUGUUCAUGGGGCGAUUGAGAAGAUUGGAAUUGGUGGGGAUGUUAUUAUAGGCAAUGGACUUCUUUCCAUGUACUUCAAGUUUGAGAGACCAAGAGAAGCAGGUCGGGUUUUUUCCGAGAUGGCUGUGAAGGACUCAGUUACUUGGAAUACCAUGAUUUGUGGGUACUCCCAACUGGGGCGGCAUGAAGAAUCUGUCAAGUUAUUUAUGGAGAUGAUAGAUGAAUUCACUCCAGAUGUGUUGACAAUUACAUCAACCAUUCGCGCUUGUGGACACUUGGGAGAUCUGCAGGUUGGAAAGUUUGUUCAUAAGUACUUAAUUGGGAGCGGGUAUGAAUGUGAUACUAUAGCAUGUAAUAUCCUUAUAGAUAUGUAUGCAAAGUGUGGGGAUCUUUUGGCUGCACAGGAAGUCUUUGACUCAACAAAAUGCAAAGAUUCUGUGACAUGGAACUCAAUAAUUAACGGUUACACUCAAAGUGGCUAUUAUAAAGAGGGGGUGGAAAAAUUUAAGAUGAUGAAAAUGGAAAGCAAACCAGAUUCUGUCACUUUUGUUCUGCUCCUAUCAAUAUUUUCUCAGUUAGCUGAGAUAAAUCAGGGGAGAGGAAUCCAUUGUGAUGUGAUAAAAUUUGGAUUUGAUGCUGAACUUAUCAUUGGCAAUUCUCUUCUGGAUAUGUAUGCUAAAUGUGGUGGAAUGAAUGACUUAUUGAAGAUGUUUUCUUACAUGAGAGCUCAUGACAUUAUAUCAUGGAAUACGCUUAUUGCUUCAAGUGUUCAUUUUGAUGAUUGCAAUGUAGGAUUUCGGGCGAUUAACGAAAUGAGGACCGAAGGGUUGGUGCCAGAUGAGGCCACAGUACUAGGUAUCUUGCCCAUGUCUUCUUUGCUUGCAGUUCGGCAACAAGGGAAAGAGAUCCAUGGCUGUAUUUUCAAGUUAGGAUUUGAAUCUCACGUCCCAAUUGGGAAUGCCCUAAUUGAAAUGUACUCCAAAUGUGGUAGUUUAGAAAACUGUUCUAAAGUUUUCGACUAUAUGAAAGAAAAAGAUGUAGUGACAUGGACUGCAUUGAUCUCUGCAUUUGGAAUGUAUGGAGAGGGCAAGAAAGCAUUAAAAGCAUUUCAGGAUAUGGAGUCAAGUGGUGUUUUUCCUGAUUCUGUUGCCUUCAUUGCCGUCAUUUUUGCCUGUAGUCAUUCUGGAAUGGUCAAAGAGGGCCUCACAUUCUUUGAUCGAAUGAAAACAGACUACAAUAUUGAGCCUAGAAUGGAACAUUAUGCUUGUGUUGUUGAUCUUCUGGCCCGAUCUGGCUUACUAGCUCAAGCAGAGGAGUUUAUUUUGUCAAUGCCAUUGAAACCAGAUGCAAGUUUGUGGGGAGCUUUACUUAGUGCCUGUCGAGCAAGCGGGCACACAAAUAUCGCCCAACGUGUAUCAAAGCAAAUUCUUCAGUUGAAUUCAGACGAUACUGGAUAUUAUGUGCUUGUAUCAAAUAUUUAUUCUACGUUAGGGAAGUGGGAUCAGGUGAGAAUGGUUAGAAAUUCCAUGAAAACAAAAGGGCUCAAGAAAGAACCUGGAAGUAGCUGGAUCGAGAUUCAGAAAAGGAUUUAUGUGUUUAGGACCGGUGAUAAAUCAUUUGAACAGUAUGACAAGGUCAAAGAUUUACUCGAAUACCUUGUGGGGUUAAUGGCCAAGGAAGGUUAUGUUGCAGACCUGCAAUUUGCUUUGCAUGACGUCGAGGAAGAUGAUAAGAGAGACAUGCUAUGUGGGCACAGUGAAAGACUUGCAAUAGCCUUCGGAUUGUUAAAUACAAAACCAGGGAGCCCUUUGCUGGUAAUGAAAAACCUUCGAGCAUGUGGAGAUUGUCAUACUGUAACUAAAUACAUAACUAAGAUAAUGCAAAGAGAAAUUCUAGUGAGAGAUGCCAAUCGCUUUCAUCUAUUCAAGAAUGGAACCUGUAGUUGUGGAGACCACUGGUGAAUAAUUAUUAUUUCUAAUACCUGAUUACAUCUUCACAUUGGACUACAAAUGAACUGUUUCCUCUUCGUCCAAUUUCUGUGCAAAUCCAAGAAGGUCGGUUCCUGCUAAGUUACAUGAUCGCUGUCAUUGUGCGCAAGUCAAUGCUAUAUUUUCUUUCUUAUUUCCAACAAAAGUGAAUAAAAUUAGCUCAGGUGCACUUUAAAGCAGUUGAUGUUUGCCAGUUGAGUUUCCCUUACGGGAGCAUUGGAUGCCACAUGAUAUUUUGUACAAAGUAGGUAGAAUUUUGAGAAUGCACAUAGAGGCUACUUCAUGGCCGAUUUCUCCAACUCUUGAUGAUCUCUCAUGCUGGCCUAUGAAUCAAAUUCUAAAGAUGCAGUUCUUGGCGCAAGCCUUUGCCUUAAGUUUCUCUCUUGAAGGCCACUUUGAUAAUUGGAGCAUCUGGAAUUGUUCAUGCCAGCUUCAAAGUUCAUUUAAGCUUGAUACUUAGUACCCAAAUAUAACUCAAAUUUCUACUCUCACUAUAUAUAUACAUAUAUAUACGAGUGCUCACAUUUUGUUAUUUUGCUUCGGAUGAGUAACGAGUUUGGGCUACAUAAAUUUGGCUAUACAAAUUUUAAUU